UCAAAGUUAGAAUGUGAUUCAGUUUAAUAUAUUCAAAUGCUUAGAUGGCUGUAAGAAAUAAGGCAAUAGAUAUAUCGUAAAAGAUUGGCUACUCAACGCAGUUUGAUCUGGACGCAUCUUGGUCUUCAAUUAAAAUGCGACGAGACAACAAUCAUUAAGAUCUGGUGGUUUCCAGUCAAGCUUCAAGUUUUUCUGGCACUCUAAAUUUAUCAACAUGUGCUAAAAAAUUAUCAUCACCCUCGUUAAUAGUGUUAUUAACAUUUCAACAAGUUGAUGAAAGCAACAAGACUAAAAUAUGCUCAACAAUUAUUUUUAACUAUUUCAUUUAUUUAUUAUUUACUUAAACUCUUAUUUAAUAACAAAUUACAUCUAGUAAGUUAAUUAUUCAUUUAUUAAUCAACUAAUUGGGAAUGGAAGAAUCUAGUGAGUGAUAAACUUGGUAAAUAGUCAAACAUAAUUCCUAUGAUUUUUAAUCAAUAAAUGUUUUGAGUGGCAAAACUAGCACACAAACUGAUAGAAAAUAUGCAUGAAAAGUUAAUAAAUAUGAUUAAUCCUAUUCUCAGGAAGAGAGGGUGUCUCUGAGAAUUGAGACUUACGCCAAUGCUGAUGUGUACAAGUUCACUAUGGGUUAACUCACUUAAUAGUGGUGCACGGGGGUCGUUAAUUUGAAGGAAUGGUAGUCACUUGGUAUAAAUAUCGGAUUUGGCGAUGAUACAUAUUAGUAAAUAAAGUGGUAUUGAAGAGGCAGCAUUGUUUCGCAAACUUUCCUCUAUCUCGUUAAUAUAACCACUGCGAAUCGAGCCAAGUAAUACCCGGUAUGGAGGGAACAUUUCAAAAUCAAAAUGGGUCAGAAGAGGCGAAUACUCAGAAUCACAUUAAUGCCAAGAAAUCAUCCAUGACAUUAAGUGUAACAGGCUUGUGGGAUGUCGUACCACGAAUGGAAUAUUAUAGGAUGAGUAAAAGAGCUAAACGACCGUCAUUAUGUGAAUUACACGAUGGAAAUCCUGUCAAAGAUACAAACGUGGAAGCAGCUAUAACAGGAUCAGGACAAGCAAGUCACGCAGGAAUAAAAUUGGGAUGGAUUCAAGGAGUUUUAAUACCAUGCCUACUCAACAUCUGGGGUGUAAUGUUAUUUCUUCGAUUAUCAUGGAUUGUAGCACAAGCUGGAAUUUCUUGGUCACUAUUAAUUAUUGGAAUAUCUGCAGUUGUCUGUGUUAUUACGACACUUAGUCUCAGUGCAAUUAGCACUAAUGGCGAAGUCAAGGGAGGGGGAAUUUAUUUUAUUAUAUCCCGAUCCCUUGGACCAGAAUUUGGUGCUUCAAUUGGAUUAGUAUUUGCCUUUGCUAACUCAGUGGCUGCUUCGAUGAAUACUAUUGGAUUUUGUGAUUCUCUUAAUGAUCUCUUAAGAGAACAUGGCUUAAAGAUUGUCGAUAAUAAGGUAACAGAUGUUAGGAUUGUCGGCAUCAUUGCUCUUUUUGUGAUGAUUCUUAUUUGUGCUGUUGGAAUGGAAUGGGAAUCGAAGGCACAAAAUUUCCUCAUAGCGAUCAUCGUGAUCGCAAUAUUUGAUUUUAUAAUCGGCGCCCUGAUAGGCCCUCACUCCCUCGAACAAGAAGCCAAAGGAUUUAGUGGAUUUUCAUGGGAAGUUUUUCAAAAGAAUUGGGGUUCAGAUUAUCGAACGUAUGAGAACACUACGCACGACUUUUUCUCAAUUUUUGCCAUAUUCUUUCCAUCUGUUACUGGAAUUCAAGCUGGUGCUAAUAUUUCUGGAGAUUUGAAGGAUCCAGCCAAGAGUAUUCCUAUUGGAACUCUUUUAUCUCUUCUUAUCUCUAUGAUAAGUUAUAUUGUUUUUGUUCUGUUUGCUGGAGGAGCUGCUGUCCGUGAUGCUAGUGGUAUAAUAUCACCCAACAAUACCAUUGUUGAUUGUUUACCAGGAAAUUGUGAAUACGGACUUCAUAACAGCUUCUCUGUGAUGCAAUUAAUGUCAGUGUGGGGUCCUUUUAUCUAUGCUGGUUGCUUUGCUGCUACGCUCUCUACUGCAUUAACAAAUUUAUUAUCAGUACCAAGGCUUAUCCAAGCUCUUGGAAGAGAUAGAAUUUACCCGGGAUUAAUAUUUUUCAGCAAAGGAUAUGGAAAAACUGGUGAACCUUAUCGUGGCUAUGUUCUAACAUUUAUUGUUGCAGCAGUUUUCCUUCUAAUCGCAAAUCUCAAUGCAGUUGCUCCUCUUAUCUCGACUUUUUACUUAGCUUCUUAUGCUCUUAUUAAUUUCUGUACAUUUCAUGCUGGUUUGGUUAGUCCUAUUGGAUGGAGACCAACAUUUAAGUAUUACAAUACAUGGUUAUCCCUGGUAGGAUUUUUCCUUUGUGUUGCAUUUAUGUUUUUAAUUGAUUGGGUAUCAUCAAUAAUAACCCUUGUCGUUAUCUUUGGUCUUUACCUGAUUGUUGUUUACAAUAAACCUGAUGUUAAUUGGGGCAGCAGUACUCAAGCACAAAUUUAUAAGACUGCUUUAUCGGUCGUCUAUAGAUUAAACACCAUUGAUGAACACGUGAAAAAUUAUGCACCGCAAAUUUUAGCACUCUCCGGAUUUCCAGAAAAACGUCCAGAUUUGCUUCAUCUAGCCAACCUUAUUACUAAAAAUAACUCUCUUCUUAUUGCUGGAGAAGUUUGCUCGGUACCUCUGUCUUACCGAUCAAGACUGACGAGAUUAAGAAGUGGAUAUGAAUGGCUUAAUCGUCACCGAAUUAAAUCAUUCUAUCAAGUUAUAGGCAAUGUAACUUUAGAAAGAGGAUCAGCUGCUUUAAUGCAAGCUGCUGGAGUUGGUAAAUUGGUUCCCAACAUCGUUCUUAUGGGAUACAAAAAUGAUUGGGCUGUUUGUAAUCAGAAAGAUUUACAAGAAUUCUUCAACGUUCUUCAUGAUGCUUUUGACCAAAAGCUGGCAGUUGCAAUUUUACGACUACCAAAUGGACUUGAUAUUUCAAGCGUUUCUAAUCAUGUUGACGAGGAACAACUAAUACAAAGUAGUUACGAUCUCGCCGGAAAUACUCUCAUGCAUGCUGAUAGUGAUCUAUCAAUGAGCAGCCGAAUUACAAGAGUUCAAAGUGUACCAGUAAUCGGAAGUCAUUACCUACCACAAAGUGAAUGCUCUGUGCAUGUUGUUAAAGAUUCUCCAACGCAUAUGAGUGCUAGAGAUCACUUGAAAAAUAAAAGGAAACAUAUAGCUGAUAAAUUAUUGUAUGAAAAACGAAAUGGAGUAAUUGCUGAAACAGAAUACCUCAGCAUAUUCCAAAAGAAGCAUAAGAAUGGAGUUAUUGAUGUUUGGUGGCUUUAUGAUGAUGGAGGUUUGACAAUCUUAUUGCCAUAUAUUAUCAGCACAAGAUCUAAUUGGGAGUCAUGUCAAAUGCGAAUAUUUGCAUUAGCUAAUCAUAAACAAGAAAUUGCAGCAGAAGAAAAAGAAAUGGCAGAAAUUUUGGCCAAAUUUAGAAUAAAGUAUACAAGUUUAAAAAUGGUUGAUGAUAUUAGUGUACCUCCUAAACAAGAAACACAGGAUUUCUUUGACAGACUAAUUGCAGAUUUCUGUAAACAUGAUACAACUGACACGACAGAUUGUACAAUCACCGAAAUGGAAUUACACACAUUAAAAGAUAAAACAAAUCGUCAAUUACGAUUGAGAGAAUUAUUAUUGGAAAAUUCUAGCCAAUCUACUCUGGUAUUUAUGUCUCUCCCAAUGCCAAGAAAAGGAGCUGUUUCAGCCCCUCUAUAUAUGGCCUGGCUUGAAACUCUAACCAGAGAUAUGCCUCCUACUCUUUUGAUACGUGGAAAUCACACAUCGGUAUUAACUUUUUAUUCUUAGUCUAAAAAAUUUACAAUUAUAACUAAGUGUUUAUUAAGAGACUUAAGAAAAAAAUACUAUAAAAUCAUACAUGAAAUUUUUUGCAACAUAAUAUCGCCUGAAUGAACAAAAUAGUAAUAUUAAUUACUUAAAAAGAUAUUUUACCUUUUUUUUAUUUAUUUAUUAAUUAGUUAUUUCGUCGACACCGAUUAUUUUAAUUGUUAUUUUUAUUAAUGCGCUUUGUAUAUAUACAUAAAUAUGUAGUUUUUAAGUUUUAAAAUUUUAUGUAAUGUUAACGAAUUUGUUGAACUGAUAAACAUAUAGUAAUGCCAUAAAUAA